UUAGUGGUGGACCCUAAUAUUUGACCGUUGCUUAGAGUGGGUGGGGUCCAUCCCUCAAAGCUAGGGCUUCUUCUCUCUCCAUAAAGCUCAAUCCUUUCUCCUCUCUUUGAUGGAAACCCUGAAAGUUAAAACAAUAGAAAGAGGACGAAGCUGAGAGAUUCUGAAGAACUCGAAUCAUCUUAUUAAGGCAAAAGAUUAAAUAUGACUGCUGAAGUUAAAAAAGAGGAGAAACAAGUAGAGUCUGAGGUUGUUAUUGCCUCAGUGGAGGAAGAGAAAGAUGAGGCCAAGCCUAAGGGUGUGGAGAAGAUCUCCUCUUUCAAGGAAGAGAGCGAUUUCUUCUCUGAUUUGAAAGAGUCUGAGAAAAAGGCUCUGAGCGAUCUCAAGACAAAGCUUGAGGAAGUUAUUAUUGAAAACACUCUCUUCAAGAAGAAGAAAGAAAGUCCUGUCAAGGUGGAGAAGAAGAAGAAGGAACCAGAGGCUGCUGCUACCGAAGAAGAAGCCAAAGCUGAGACUAGUGAACCAGCGGUUGUUGCUGAGGACAGCCCCAAGGAAGAAGCCAAGACUGAUGCUGAUGUGACCCAAGUGGCCAAAGCUGAGACCAUUGAGAAGGAAAGCCCUGAAGAAGAAGUAAAGGCUGAGGCUGUUGUUGAGGAGGAAGUGAAAGCUGAGAAUGUAGAAGAAGAAGAGAAGAAAACCGAGGCUGUUGUUACAGAAGAAGCCAAAGCUGAGAGUGUGGAGCAGGAGGAAGAAGAUGAGAGUGUGGAUAACGAUAUCGAGCUAUGGGGAGUGCCACUGCUUCCAAGCAAAGGUGCUGAAGCCACCGAUGUAAUCCUCUUGAAGUUCUUGAGAGCAAGAGACUUCAAAGUCAACGAAGCCUUUGAGAUGCUCAAGAAAACCCUCAAGUGGAGAAAGGAACACAAGAUUGAUUCAAUCCUUGGAGAAGACUUUUGGGAGGAUCUCGCCUCUGCAGCUUACAUGAACGGUCUUGACCUCGAAUCACGCCCUGUCUGUUACAACAUCUACAGCGUUUUCGAUAACGAGGAGCUUUACCAGAGGAUAUUUGGGUCAGAGCAGAGCAGAGAGAAUCUAUUGAGAUGGAGGUUUCAGCUGAUGGAGAAGGGAAUCCAGAAGCUUGUUCUGAAACCAGGAGGUGUUACUUCUCUUCUCCAGAUCCAUGAUCUCAAAAACUGUCCUGGAUUGUUUAAAAAAGAGCUCUGGGUCGCAAUCAAGAACGCAAUAGUAGCUUUGCAGGACAAUUACCCGGAACUCGUCUCCAGAAACGUGUUCAUAAAUGUUCCCUUCUGGUUCUACGCUGGUAGCACUCUCCUGUCUCCAUUCUUAACACAACGAACAAAGAGCAAGUUUGUUGUGACUCGUCCCGCUUAUGUCACAGAGACUCUUCUCAAGUACAUUUCAGCAGAUGAGAUCCCGGUUCAGUACGGUGGUUUCAAAGGAGAUGAUGAUACCGAAUUAUUCUCCAACGAAGCUGUAUCUGAAGUUGUUGUUAAGCCUGGAUCAUCUGAAACCAUAGAGAUCCCAGCUCCUGAGUCUGAAGGUACAUUGGUUUGGGACAUUGUGGUUUUGGGGUGGGAAGUGAGUUACAAGGAAGAGUUUGUGCCAACAAAUGAAGGAGCUUACACCAUUAUUGUGCAAAAGGGGAAGAAGAUUGGAUCAAACGAAGGACCGUUGAGGAACAGUUUCAAGAACAGUGAGUCUGGUAAGAUUGUUCUGACCGUUGACAAUGUCUCGAGCAAGAAGAAGAAGAGAGUUCUGUACAGGUACAAGACCAAGACGGAAUCCUCUUGCUGAAAUAGAGGCUUUUUCAGCAAAAAGCGAGUCUCCGGAUAUAAAAUAUUCUUUUGCUACAGUUAAAAGUUUGUGUUGUUAUUAUUAUUUUCGAGUGAUACGUCGUAAUGUGAGAAAGAGAUACUGCCAUUGUUUUAUUGAAGUUCAAUCUUUUGCA